AUGGGAAAGAAACAUCCUAAAAGGCCUGGGAAGUACAUUAAAGAACAACGGCUGCUUCUACAUGUUACCAGCAGCUCGACAGGUAGACCAAAGAAAGUACACUUCACUGUUGGCCCAAGGAGGGGGGGGAUCGAUAGGUAACAAUACAGGUUUGACUGAAACGGCUGCAGUUCCAAAUCCACAUGUAGAUCUGCAACAUGAUGAACAGCCACCACAAGAAGAUCCUCAGCCUGCUCCAUCCAGAUACAGCUUACACAAGCAGCGCGAGAUCAAUGCAUGGAAAGAUGUGAGAGAACCCAUCUUCUGCACAUCUCUGAAGCUGUCUGGACCUCUGUCCAAUACGUGUUCCAUAUGUCGGAAAGAGCACACAGAGGACAUGUCCUUGUAUCGCUGUAUGGACUGUGGACCUACUGCCACAUUUUGCAUUGAAUGCCUCAAACAACAGCACAAAAACUCACUUCACCUGCCUGAAGUAUGGAAGGAUCACUGUUUUCAACCAAUGCUGGACAUCUGUAACUUCCUUCAUCGGGUUGACCAUCCAUCCUGUCCAUCAUCCUAUUACAGGGAAGUCCGUGUGUUUGAUAAUUCUGGGCGACUGCGGUUUGUCCACAUCAACUUCUGCAAGUGUGAACCUGAGCUAGUGUCAUUAGUGAGAUACGGUUUGUGGGGUGCAUCAGAAAACCCGCAGACAGCCUUUGCCGUGUCCCUGUUGGAAUGGCUUGUUAUCCUUGGCAACGAAUGCCAUGUGUCUGUAGAAGGGUUCUGCAACUCUAUUCGCUGGAAGAACAACCUCUCUCUUCCUGAGAUUAAUAUGCUGUAA